AUCACUCUUGGAGAGUCUUACUUUCAUCCUCUGUUUUUUUCCUCUUACAUCGUGAUCCAGCUGCAGACUCAUGCGCGCCAUGUGGCCGUAGAAGACUUUGCGUGGAAAGCAGCACACCCCAACCGUGUUAUGUUCCCCAUCGGUAGCUGGAAACAACACUGGAUUGACUCGUCCGGUCGCUCGGCUCCAGUCCCGCCAGCCCGGGUGCAGGCAGGCAGGCGCAGAUCGGACGGAGUGGGCAAGUGGCGGGUGCACACAGACUCUGACCUUCGAUGAGCACGAGCUCACCAACACGCACAUUCCUAUUUUCAUCAUCUGAAGCGCCUUUCCAUGUCGAAGUCGGUCCAGAUGCCAUUGUCCAACAUAACCGUGUCGAAGCCCUCAAUCUCCCGGGUACCCAGCAGCAUGGAGGGCAUCAACCAUGAGCUAGAGAAGGUCUUUAUCAAAGACCAUGGCGAGAAGGAGGAGUUAAAGUCACUUGAAGUUCCCGAUGGGCGCCGGGCGCCCUUUCCCCCCCAGCAACGCAGCAGCAGCAGCAGCUCAAGGGGCACUGAGAGCCAAAUUCCCCUAGGCCCUGGGAGGUCCAGCAGUUGCUCCAGUCUUUCACCCUGCCUUUCACCCGCCUGUCCAUCGGGAUCACACGACAGCAGUCCUUACUCCACGGAGGAUUUACUGGAUGAUCCCGAUAAAGACAGUGAAAGUAGCUCGCCGCUACCCAAAUUCGCCUCAUCACCCAAACCUAACAACAGCUACAUGUUCAAGCGAGAGCCACCUGAAGGUUGUGAGAAGAUAAAAGCCUUUGAGGAGAUGAGCUCCAGGCAGUCCACGGCAGCAUCUGCUCCCCUCUUCUCCUGUCCUGACAAAAACAAGGUAAACUUCAUUCCAACCGGCUCUGCAUUUUGCCCCGUUAAACUCCCGGGAUCCCUACACCUCACGUCAGCCGCACAGUCUGAAGAGAGUGAGGACGGGACAGGGCUUCAGGGGGUCCCUGCUCAAGCCUCUACAAGCACCACAACAGAUGAUCUUCCAGAGGAGCCUCGUUUACCCUCAGAGACUGCAGAAGUGCAAACAGACAGUCCAGCCAGCAGCUAGACCAAAGCAGAGCUAUUCUCUUGCUCACUUAUGACUCUCCCAAAUACACCUUCUUCUGCGCUGCCAGGGGAGCCUGUGUGCUAAACCCUCUUCUAACUGCAUGACGUAGAAACACCGAUAACCACUUUCCACACAAAGACUGCCACCUUCAAUGUGCUGUUCAGUAUUAUUCCCGUUCUUAGGACAAGGAAAAUACUAGCUUGUCUUGUGCAGAAUUUAUUGGGGAAAUGUUGGAGCACUCUGGAAGGGAUAUGCGUUUUAAACUGCUAGUAUACUGUAUUUGUUAAAUUAUGUAUUGUGUUUUGUUUCAAACAUUUCAAUGAAUAAGCUCUCUAAAUGGAUGCAUAUACACAGUGUAUCUGUAUGUAUUAGUACUCUCGCCCAGGACUGGAAUUCCGGGGUUAUGAACUUUUUUUAACAAGCCCAAGGUGCUAACAAAACAGCACCGUGCACAGCUCGAUGAAAACGCAUUUGAGUGCUUUUAUGUCAUGUGACCCCAAAGCUACAACGCAUCGGUUAAAGGAGCAAUAUGUACAAUUUGCACUUCAAUUAUUCGUACUUGGCCCUGAUAUGUCAGUAGACAUGAAAGAAACCUUUGGCCAAAGUUAGACGGCAUAGGCUCCAGCACCCCUGCCACCCUCGCGAGAAUAAGCGCUACAGAAAAGGGAUGGAUUGAAGAAAAACGUUUAUUGGAAAUACUUCUAACUAGAGUUGUCCGAUAAUGACUUUUUAACCGAUAUCCCGAUAUUGUCCAACUCCAAAAAUUCGAUAUCAAACUGAUACCGAUAUAUGCGAUCGUGGGCGUAGAAUAUUGGCUAAUUGUAUUGUGAUGCCCCACGGGAUGCUUUAAUAAUUAUAUAUGUAACUACUCCAGGUUUUCCAAAUAAACAUUCUGUGAAAAACAAGACACCAAUUUCAAUAAAAGUCAUGGAAAAAGUGCCGAUAUUGCACCACUAUAUUAACUGUUGAAAUCAAAAAGGUGCAAAAAUCCAAAGGUUUUUGGGAUCAAGUGCAAAGUGCCAAAAAGGCACUCAUUCUGAACAAAUCAGUCGCUGAAUUGGUCUUCUUUCUCUUCUUGACGAGAGCUCCGAUAGUUUUUUGUAAAACUGAAAACAACAAAGCAUUGUCAAUAAUAUGAAAUAAAGUCACAAAAUAAGGUAUACAAUAUGUGUCAAUUUGAAUAGCAACUGAUAGUUCAGCUUGCAAGCAAUGAAAUAUUGUAACCACAUAUUACUACAGAUGUAAAUCAAGCGAAAUACAGUAGCUAUAAACAUCUCCAGUAUACAACACUAUGCUCAUGACUAUAAAACAGGAACGGACGGGAAGGAUAUAACUUACAAGUGAUACUUGCAUAAGGCACAAACGGCAUGGUGAGAGGGCAAGAACUGGCUGCAGAUGUUAGCUCGUCCAUUUCGCGCUCUCUAUUCGCAAUGAGAUCGCGUUGGAAUAUGAUGAUGUCAGCAGAACGUGCUGAAACUAAUUACACCUAAGCACCGGCAAGGGGCGAAAAAAACACUGGAAACACAGGCAGCCAAUAAGAGGACAUGACAGCACUGCCAUAUGCAUAUUGGGCAAAAACUGAUGCGGAUAUUAGCCGAUAUCUUUUUAAAAUGCUUCUAUCGGCCAAUCUUAUCAGCUAACCGAUAAUAUCGGACAACUCUACUUCUAACACGGUUCUCAGUGGUUAAGCUGAGAUUUUUCCAUUUUAAAAAGUUUUAUCGUUUUGAUUCUCUGUUUACAACGGACCAAUCCACCACCAAUCAGCCAAUUUCAACAUAAGGUCUUAGGGUUUGUCCAGGUUGCCAGGCUUUGAACAUUAAGCUUGCAGAAAUAUGACAAAGAUAUACGUGCACUAGUAAGUACAUGUACUUGCAUCUUGUAUUGCCACAAGUACGUGUGCUUGUGUGUACAUGUACUACAAGUUGUGAACUCGUAUGCAAUUGUACUCCAAGUCAGAGGUGGGUAGAGUAGCCAAAAAUGUUACUCAAGUAAGAGUAGCUUUACUUCAAAAUGAUACUCAUGUAAAAGUAGUCGUCCAAAAAAUGGACUCAAGCACAAGUAAGAAAGAAUACUCUGGUAAUGAGUAACAUUGUUAUUAACUGCUUAUAUUUUUGUUGGAUUUUUUUUUAUUACAUAAAUACAGCAUUAUUCACCCAAAGAGCAUGACUGCCAUCUGGUGGAGAAAAUAGUUCCUGGUUUGAAUAAUGAAGAGUUCCUUCAUAAUUACUAGUUUGAAAUUAACAGGAUCAUAUCUCUGGUUUUCCAUGGUCAAUCGGUCCCAAAUAAGAGAGAGGUUAAAAUCAGUGCUUUCAAGUCAUGUUGAAGGCAGUGCUCUAUAUCUAAUACAGUGGGGCAAAUAAGUAUUUAGUCAACCACUAAUUUUGCAAGGUCUCCCACUUGAAAAUAUUAGAGAGGCCUGUAAUUGUCAACAUGGGUAAACCUCAACCAUGAGAGACAAUGUGGGGGAAAAAAACAGAAAAUCACAUUGUUUGAUUUUUAAAGAAUUUAUUUGCAAAUCAUGGUGGAAAAUAAGUAUUUGGUCAAUACCAAAAGUUCAUCUCAAUACUUUGUUAUGUAUGUACCCUUUGUUGGCAAUAACAGAGGCCAAACAUUUUCUGUAACCCUUCACAAGCUUUUCACACACUGUUGCUGGUAUUUUGGCCUAUUCCUCCAUGCAGAUCUCCUCUAGAGCAGUGAUGUUUUGGGGGUGUCGUUGAGCAACACGGACUUUCAACUCCCUCCUCACCCCGUGGUGUCAAAAUGAUAACAAGAACAGUGAGCAAAAAUCCCAGAACCACACGGGGGGGGGGGGCUAGUGAAUGACCUGUAACAGAGAGCAGGGACCACAGUAACAAAGGCUACUGUACUAUCAGUAACACAAUGCGCCGCCAGGGACUCAAAUCCUGCACUCCCAGAUGUGUCCCCCUGCCGAAGAAAGUACAAGUCCAGGCACGUCUGUAGUUCUCUAGAGAGCAUUUGGAUGAGUGUUGAGAUGAACUUUUGGUAUUGACCAAAUACUUAUUUUCCACCAUGAUUUGCAAAUAAAUUAUUUAAAAAUCAAACAAUGUGAUUUUCUGUUUCUUUUUUCCACAUUCUGUCUCUCAUGGUUGAGGUUUACCCAUGUUGACAAUUACAGGCCUCGCUAAUAUUUUCAAGUGGGAGAACUUGCACAUUUAGUGGUUGACUAAAUACUUGGGGUACACUGUACUUCAUUUUUUACGGUGCCUUAAAAACACCACAUGAUUAAACAGGCCGACGUGAAGAUAGAACGGCAAGCUUGCGUCUGAUUGGUAUAAUGGAGUCAUGUGAUUAUUGUUGCGACGUCUCAUUGGUGAAAUUGGUCGGACUACCCCGGUAAUACACCAGGCACGUCUCUACUCUUUGCAUUGUUGGCCAAAAAAAUAAUAAAUCUAAUAUGUAGAAUAAAGAGGAAAAAUGAAACAACUCUUGUGUGGCCCAAAGUAGCGGAGUAAGAGUAGCGUUCUUUUCUUAACAAAUCUACUUAUGUAAAAGUAAAAAGUAAAGCCUAGUAAAACUACUCUUGGAAGUACAAGUUUCUCAAAAAGUUACUCAAGUAAAUGUAACGGAGUACAUGUAAUGCGUUACUAGUAACCUCUGCUCCAAGUAUACCGACCAGCACAUUGGCAUGGUAAUGCAUCUUGAUUCUCCAUUGCAAAGCACUUACAGUACCUGGUAGCCCGAAGGGGAUAUUGUGCCCUUCAGUACAGUGGUACCUCUACAUACGAACUGAAUUCGUUUCAGGACCGGGUUUGUAAGUCAAAAUGGUCAUAUAUAUGUAUAAUUUGUUCCAAAGCCCAAUAACCUAAGCUAUACCCUUCAUAAAUACUGCUGGUACAAUUACAAAUAGCAAAACAAAUAAACUAUAAAUAUAAAUUGGUAUAAUAUAAUAAUAAUUAUGUCACGAAUCGGGUUCUAAUUUGGGGGUUGUGUUUUGCAUGCUGUUUCUGAACGCACUGUGUGACUGACGACAGAGAAUCAGGUGUGCAAGAGUUUUUACUUUUGAUGUUGUUGGCAUGGGCUACGGCGGACAGUAGUCAUGUUGCGUUGCACAAGUUCUGAAAUAAAUGAUUGCUGAUGUUACAAUAAUAACAACUUAACUUGUAAAGACUGGCGAACGGAGGUCGGAGGAGGACCGUCGAGACCGUAGACAUAUUCUGAGCCACCACUGACACGUGCACCACACUCAUAUUUUUCUAUCAUUUCCGUCUUAAUUUCAGUGGCAAUUGUUACCUUUUUCCUUUUUUCACCACGUGCACUAACCUUCUUGAGACCCAUGUUGAUUUCUCACAAGAAAAAUCCGUAAUGCGUCUGUCUUGUGGAAAAACAAUGGAAUUGCAGCGCUGUCAUAAAUUGUCGUAUUUCGAGCAUGCUGCCACAUGUCGAGACAAAUGACCAGUCAAAUGUCAAAACGAUCGUAUGUUGAGGUACCACUGUAUUUUGAUUGCAGUACCAUUUUUGGCCACCCAUUUUACAUAUUGCUCCUUUAAUAAAGCACCCAACACACGCAGAGCUUCUGAUGAGCUAAGGCACCCGUGGUGGGGACUGCUAUAUCGCUGUGAAGCGAGUUGGGCGAGGGAGGUAGCCGUCUGUCACAGAGUAACACACUUCAGCACUGCUAGGAUAUCUGGCAUCUUAACAGUUAUUUUGGUUUACAAUAUGCGCAAUGGAACUUAACAGUGUACUAGCUGAUGAUACUGUACAGGUACUGUUUAUGUUGCGCUUGAAAUGGACUUAGACAAUUGUGCACCAGUGUUGUUUUUGGCAGCCCUUUUAAUUUUCAUCUUUUGGACAAAAAUAGUUAUUAGUCAUGUUUUAGUCAUUUCCAAAUGUGUUUUGAGUAGUCUUCGUCUACUUUUUGUCUCGUUUUAGUAGACCGAUACUCAAAAGGUUUUCGUCUGUAAAAAAAAAAAAAAAAACUAAAGGUUAUACAUUAGUCUUUUAAAAAAAAACGGUUUCAAACGAUUUGGAAUGAAUAUUGAAUGACGAGAACACGUUUUAGACAGUCCAAAUACGGGUUCUUCACGUUAGCAGCUCAAACAAGCUAAUAUAUUAGCCUGAACGCAGCGCUCCAUUUACAGCGAAAAUACAUAUUAAAAUUAUAACAGACUAUUUGCUGAAAGAAAUUGUACGUCUAUGAUAUCUUAAAAAGACAGGACGUCACACAAGUGACACGACCAAACACUGAAAGGAUGCAGGUUGACGAAAUACACAUACAUUAAGCAUAUGUCAUGCAUUGGCAAUCGUCUUGCUAUGUUACACUCAUUCAAGACACGUUUUUAGCUCGUCAUCUUCGUCACGCCAUCGACAUGAAGCAAGGUUCGUCAACGAAAUACUGCGAUCGUUAACGAAAACAACACUGCUGUGCAUUUUACUAUGGUUGUUGUUAGUCAAUUUAACCUGUGAGUUAACAAAUAACCAAAUGAAGCCACGGCCUUAUGUUGCAUUGCGUCAUCUACAUUUAGUCUUUGAUUAAAGCUUUCCAAAUAUAAAAUGGCAUAAAUAAAACUGCAUCAAAGCAACAUGCCAGCUACUUAAAUAGACACGGCCUCGGUCACAAAUUUAGACAGUGCUUGUCAGCAAAACAAAUAGCAAUCCCUCCCUUCUCCACCUGAGAAAAAUGACAUUUCAGCCACAGAGAUUUUUUGCACUUUAAGCCAUGUACACUGUAUGAGUGUGUGUGUAUAUACAGCAUAUGCAUUUACAUGUUUAAAUAAAUAUAUUUAUAGUGAGGCACAAAACUAGUGUGGUCUGGAUUUUGCCCACAGUCAAAGUGGAUAGGCUCCAGCACCGAAACGCGGCCCUGACAAGUAAAAGUGGUCUCGAAAAACGUAUGGGUGUUGAUAAUGGAUGGAUGGAGAAGCGUGUUAAUAUACAGUAUUUGGCUGCUCCAAAAAGCCUCUUUCAUCCAUAUUCCAAAUCCAACAGGAAAUCGGGUAUUUUGGAUCGAAUGGGAAAUUUUUAUCGGUUCACAGUAAGAGUUUACAUUUUGAGGCUUGAACAUGCACGAAAACUCACCAAAAUUUGCACAUACAUGCGGCUUUGCUUAACGUUUGAUAAUCUUGAACGUUACGAAAACAUGUAACAAAAUGGCUCAGUGGGGCCCCCUUGAAAUUUUCAAAAAGGCCUCUCCAUUUAGGUUUUUUCAACGUAGAGGGAUUAAAUUCGGAGAGUCAAUACCUUGUACAAAACUGCUCCAAAAAGUCUCUUGCAUGUGUAUUCCAAACCCAACAGGAAAUCGGGUAUUUUGGAUUGAAUGUGAAAUUUUUAUCGAUUUACAGUGUGCACAUUUGAUACCUUGGCACCUAGGGAAUUAGUUUGAUCACCCUCAAAAUUGGCGAGACUGUUCAUGAGGCAUAUGAAAUCUUAAGUUAUCAAAAUGGUGUGUUUUCAUACACGGGCCUGACCUGGGCUGGGUGCCAAAGUCGGCCAUUUUUUCGGCAAAACACCGAAUUUGGAAAAUUACUGAUGACUCCCUCAUACAACGUUCAAUCUAUUUUAAAUCUGGCAUGUGUGUGAGGUAUACCAGCCUCAGCAGGACUGGAUUGAAAAUUUACCAUUUGUACCUGGCGCCUCCUAGUGGGAACAGGAAAUGCCCUUUUUUACGGGCCACACUCCUCCUCUAAAGGGAAAAAAAUCAAUCUACCUCAAACCUGCAUAAGGGGAGCCUUAAGACAUGUGUUCAGAUGCCUGAUGAAAAUGAUUGAGGUUUGAUUGAAGCAGAAGGGUCCAACAAGAAAGUGAUAAUGACUGUCACCAUUCUGUCUUUCCACACAUUUUCAACAGUCAUAACUUGGCAGAUAUACAUGAUAGCUGCUCCAAAUUUCCCAUGCUUUGGUGAGAGUCUUACCCUGAAGAGUCCAGUAGUGGUCAUUUGCAUCGACUCUGUAGCGCCAACUGGUGGCAGCAGAAUUUGUGGCCAUUGCAUGCUCGAAAACUCAAAACAAUUUCUAAACCCAAAAAAAGAAUCGAGUUUAAAGCAUCUUAGGUUCUCAUUAGAUGAUUAGAGGGGGGCUGUCUGCCACCAC